AUGUACAGCGGUACCGGCGCGAUGCUACUUCGCGGGCGGCUGUACGCGCUGUGGUACAGUGGCGACCUCAACGCCGAAGCACCUUUGUCCGAAGCCGCUACCGUGAAGCCGAUUACUAUCGCCCAACGGCCGAUGGUACAGUCGGCAGGAAAAGGGUUCGUUGAACCCCAGCGCCGGCGGUUGGGCGAGGGCGAUGCGAAACUAGCACGCGACAUGACAUCGAAUCAUAAGAAGUCAUUACGCAUCGGGGCAUGCGGCGCGGGCCCUAAUUUCGCUGGAGACCGAAAAACUCCCAUAUACCAUGUUUGCCUAGACGGCUGCGAUAACGACGGGCAUUUCAAAAUAAAACUUAAGUUGAGACCU